AUGGGUUUUGAAUUUGAUGUAAUUUUGCUAACUGGGUUGCUUGAUUUUUAUGGAAAAGUUGGGGAUUUAGGCUCUGCAAGGAAAGUGUUUGUGGAAAUGCCUGAGAGAGAUGUUAUUGCUACUAAUGCUAUGAUUUCAGCUUUCAGUACGUAUGGUUGUGUUGAGGAGGCGAAACAGCUGUUUGAAAAUAUGUCUGAUAGGAAUUCGGCUUCUUGGAAUUCAUUAAUUACGUGCUACUGCAAAUCAAGUGAAGUUCAUAAUGCUCGAUUGAUCUUUGAUCGAAAUCCAAUCAAAGAUGUGGUUUCAUGGAAUGCAAUGAUUGAUGGAUAUUGUAAGUCGGAGCAAAUGGUUAAGGCGGAUGAAUUGUUUGGUGAGAUGGGGUUCAUGAAAAACGUUGUGACUUGGAAUACGAUGAUUGCAGGAUAUGUUCAACGUGGCGAAUCUGUUAGAGCCAUAGAUUUGUUUCAACGUAUGCUAAGCGAAGAAGUAAAACCAACUGAGGUGACAAUGGUUAGCUUGCUUUCUGCUUGUGCUCAUUUAGGAGCUUUAGAUAUGGGUGAAUGGAUUCAUGGUUAUAUUAGAACAAAGAAAAUCAAGAUCGAUUUUGUCUUGGGAAACGCGCUUAUAGAUAUGUACUUCAAAUGUGGGAAUGUAGAAGCUGCUAUACAAGUCUUCCAUGGCUUGCAUGAUAGAAACAUCUUUUGCUGGAAUUCCGUCAUCAUUGGACUAGGAAUGCAUGGGUAUGGGAAGGAAGCUGUAGAUGCUUUCAUUGCAAUGGAAAGAGAAGGGAUAAAACCAGACGGUGUGACUUUCGUAGGACUUCUAUGUUCGUGUAGCCAUUCUGGGUUGGUUUCCGUUGGGAGAAGCUAUUUUUCACAGAUGAAGAUCCCCAAUGCAGUUGUCUGGGGUGGCCUGCUCCGAGCUUGUCACAAGCAUAAGGAUGCAAAGCUAGGGGAGCAAGUGACCGAUAAUCUUCUAAGAUUGGAUCCACACGAUGGAGGAAACUACGUCUUCUUGUCCAACCUCUAUGCAUCUUUAAACCGAUGGACUGAAGUUGAUCAAUGUAGGAAGUUAAUGAUCAAGAGGGGUGUGCGUAAAACGCCUGGAUGCAGUUCAAUCGAGGUUAAAAACAUUGUAUAUGAAUUUGUAGCUGGAGAUACUUCACGUACUCAAAUUAACGUGUUCUUGGAUAAGAUUGUGAAGGAAGUACAGGCUCAUGGAUAUGAACCAGAUACAACUUUGGUGCUACAUGACGUUGAGGAUGAAGAGAGGGAGAGUGUGGUUCGAUAUCACAGUGAGAGAAUUGCUGUUGCGUUUGGACUUAUGACGAUGCAACCCGGAAGGAUAAUUCGGGUUGUGAAGAAUCUCAGGACAUGUGAUGAUUGUCAUACAUUCAUGAAGUUCAUAUCAAAUGUCUAUAAAAGAGAGAUAAUAAUGAGGGAUAGGAACAGGUUUCAUCAUUUUAGGAAUGGGUAUUGUUCUUGUAAUGACUACUGGUGA